CACAUCAUCAUGUUUACUAAAAUUACGAUCCGGACCCGAAUCCACAUUAGCUUUCAUAGCUGGAUUAACAACACGAAUAUCCCCAGCAUUAUUGACAAUAUCUGCUGCAUCUCAAUUAUUAUCCCAAAGCAUCCGAGCAUUAGCUGCUAUUAAGUUAGCAUCUAAGAUGAGUCCACCACCUGCUGCG